CAGCUUAGUUCAGUCCAAAAAUCACUCGAGCUUACAGAGACAUGAAGGCAUUCGUAGUGUUGUCCAUGGCCCUGGCCAUCGCUUCCAGCGCGGCAGUCGACUCCUCCAAGAAGGACAAACGUGGCCUGUGGGAGUUGGACGAUCAUCAUGACUUCGGUUUCAAUGAUCAUCACCACGGAGAAGUGGUCGACGUGCACCACAAGGAGAUCAUCACCAAGAACGUCCACGUGCCGUACCCGGUGGAGGUCGAGAAGCACGUCCCAUAUCCGGUGAACGUCCCCUACCCGGUUGAGGUCGUCAAGAAGGUCCCCGUGGUGGUGGAGAAGAAAGUCCCGGUCUACGUUGAGAAGAAGGUGCCCGUCCACGUUGAUCGUCCAGUUCCGUACCCGGUUGAGGUGAAGGUCCCGGUUGUUCAGAAGGAGUACGUCGAAGUGCCCAAGCCGUACGCAGUUCAUGUCGAGAAGCCCGUCCCGGUGUACGUGAAGAAGCCGGUUUACAUCGAGAAGCACGUUCCGGUGACCGUCCACAUCAAGGAGGUCCAGCAGAAGAAGCACUGGGGACUGUUCUGAAGAAGCGCAGUUGAGUUGACUGAUUAGUUAUAUGUCAAUAUUGUUGAGGAA